AAAAAUUCGAGGUACAUUGCUGACUCUAACAGGGUUUUCCAGUACAUUUGGUACACUGAUUGUAUAUUCAAUAGCUCCAUUUGUCUCAUAUGCUUGGACCAAUUGGAUCGCCGCAAUGCUAUGCGUCCUUUAUCUGGCUGGAAUAUUUUUUAUCGUCCCUGAAACUGCUACAUAUCAGGUUAUGGCUGGAAAUAAAGAAGAAGCGAUGGCAAUCCUAACAUCACUUGGCAGAAAAGGUGACAUUGACGAUGUCGUUGCAGCAGCCAAUGAAAAACCAAUGUCUAACUUCGAACAGCUUACAGAAAUGUUCACACUCAAAACUAACAGAAAAGCCCUAUUCAUCAUCAUAGUUUUGAACAUUUGUCAACAAGCAAGUGGUGUUAUGGCUAUCAUUUCAUUUGUGACACUCAUAUUUGAAUUAACUGGAUCGAAUAUUGAAGCUCAUAUAUCAACAAUUAUUAUUGGAGUUACUCAAGUAUUUGCAGCAAGUAUUGCUCCAGUUCUUGUAGACAGAAGUGGAAGAAGAAUUUUAUUGUUAGUGUCUACGGCUGCUUGUUCAAUAAGUUUGGUUGCUCUGGGAACGUACUUCUACAUGUACAACACAGAUCAUCCAGCUGUGGACAGCAUACAAUGGCUGUCUCUAGUGUCAUUGAUGCUUUACUUCAUUGCCUACUUCAGCGGUUUCGGCAUCAUCCCCAACACGUUUAUCGGGGAGAUGUUCACAGACAACUGCAGAAGUUUCGCUUCCACAUUCACCGUCACCGUUGGCUGGUUGUUCGGCUUCGCAGUCUCCUCAACCUUCGGGUACAUCCUAGCAGCUUGGGGCCCAGCAGUUGUUUUCUGGAUAUAUGCGGUCGCCUGCGCUUUUACAUUCUUCUUUAGUGUAGUGUUUGUACCCGAAACUAAAGGAAAGAGCUUCUUAGAAAUACAGAAGAUGUUAGGUGGUAAAUGAAUACUGAAUAGCU